AUGUCAAAGAGGCUGUUAGUAUUCGGAGGUAAUGGUUUCUUAGGUAAACGAAUCUGCCAAGAAGCAGUAAAUAAGGGUUUCCAAGUGACUGCUUUAUCGAGGUCUGGUUCUCCACCGAUAUUGACAAGUAUGGAGGAUAAACUGUGGAUUUCAGAGACCAAAUGGGUUAGUUGUAAUGUUUUUGAUCCUUCUACGUAUUCGCAUUUAUUAGUUGAUAAACCACACGUCGUUCACUCAUUAGGUAUAUUACUUGAAAAUGAAAAUUAUAAAAAAAAUGUAAGAGGUUCACCUAAUAUCAGAGCACUUUUCACUUCUUCGUCAUUAUUCCAAUUGCCAAAUCCUCUACUUAAGAAGGAUUCUAAAUUCUCCUAUGAAUGGAUGAAUAAGAGAAGUGCGAUGAUCCUAGCUGAUGCCUAUAACUCCAUAUCGAAUAAGAAUACCAAGAAUGGCAGUGUUUUACCUUCUUUCACAUACAUUAGUGCUGAUACUAAAUUUCCACUAAUACCCGAAGGUUAUAUCCACUCUAAAAGAGAAGCAGAAGAAUAUCUAUUGAAUAAGAAGAAUCAGUUCAGAUCUAUUAUACUUCGCCCAGGGUUUAUGUUUGAUGAAAUCAAGGGUUCUACAGAUACCAGAAGUUUUAUUCAGACUGGAAUUGAUGUUUUAAAUUGUGGAAAUAAAUUACUAUUAAACAAUAAAUUAGAUUGUAUAAAUCAAAUCACAAGGCCCACAAUUUCUACACAACAAGUCGCUAAAAAUGCAAUAACUAAAAUUCAGGAUAAUGAUUUCAAAGGAGUAGUAUAUUUAGAUGAAUUAAUAAAAAUAUAA